AUGUCACUGAAGGGGCAGAUACACCAAUUGACAGUGUGGUACAGCUUACCGGAAGAAGUCUCAGAGAAGCCGAUUGGUGAGUGGCACACCAUCCUUCUGACGCUUCCUUCUAUUUUGGCUCGCUUAUUACUUCUGCAACGUGUUCUUCAUCCUGGAAGUAAAACCAAGAAGCCAUACACCUUGAUGGAAGUGACGUCAGGGGGAUUUAUGGAGAUGGUGGAGGCCAUAGUGUUGGAGCAGCUCUACACCAGUGACACUCCGCCGCGAAGCAUCCGCGACGGAACUGACGGAGUCCCAAGGGUGACGAGGUUGGGGGAGGUACUGGUUGCCGUGGAGAAGUGUUUCCAGGAGUCCGUAGCGGUGUCCGACGAAGACGCUAGUCGGGGACCGACAGUGCGGUGGAUGGAAAGCCUCUGGGCGCAGUUGAACAGCUGA